GGCGAGCGUCAGCGGCGGCAACGCUGAAUCCACCAUGCCAACACAACUGCUCGGCUUCAUUCCUUCUUUUACCGUUCAUUCCAGUACAUUUAUAUGAAACCGGGCUGGAUUUUAACACACAGAAAAUUAUCGUUAACUACCGUUAUUUAAUUUAGGAAAACGAAUCGAAAUUAUUUUUUUCGGUUUUUAAUCGCGCGCGCGAAGAAAUGAAUUGGCAUCUACGUGGGCGUCGCUAAUAUUAUUAUUAUUAUUGUAGUAAAUCAGACACUGUUAUCAUUCGUUUUGUAAUAGCAGUUCCAAUUUUAUUCCAUCCGGGUUUCGAACCGAGUUAGCGUUAACGCAGGCGUGACUUAAACUUUACUCGAUGCGAGCAGUUCCGAAAAACGCUGCGUUUGUUACAAUGCCGUCUAAUAAAAAUUACGCGCGAUAAAAAAAUAUUUUACAAAAUCAUCAUCGGUUCGUGAAGGAGGCAGAAAUGACGUCCCGGUUUCGUUUUAAACCUUCCAAAAAUCAGUUGAUGUAAAUUGCGUUUUUUCGCAGUGAAAUUGUUGUCGUAUAGAGCGAAGAAGGGAAAGUUCUCUUUAAAUACAAGUGAAAAACAUCUAGAGUAAAAUAUACGGCAUCAUGUUUGUGCGCGUCUCAGUGACUAUAUGUUUGUUAUCACAGUAUAUCCUGAAUGUGGUCCUUUCGGAUGAGAUCGACCAAACGCCGGUCAUUGGGAAGCGAGGCAUCAAAUGUUACGACGCUUUCAACCGACCUCAGUGGUGUAUUCCUGAAUUCGAAAAUGCAGCUUAUAAAUUAUUAAUGGAGGCAACGAACACGUGCGGAGAUCAAGGACCAAUUGAAUAUUGCAUUCAAACUGGAAUUUCGGGAACAAGGAGGUCGUGCGACGUAUGUUAUCCUGGCCAACACUCGUCAGCGUACCUAACAGACUUCCACAGUCAAGACAACCAGACAUGGUGGCAAUCCGAAACUAUGUUACAAGGAAUUCAAUUUCCAUCGCAAGUGAAUCUUACCUUACAUUUAGGAAAGGCGUUUGAUAUUACGUACAUUCGACUUGUUUUUUAUUCUCCAAGACCUGAGAGUUUUGCUUUAUAUAAAAGAACAUGCGAAGAAUGUCCUUGGAUACCUUAUCAGUUUUACAGCGCAUCCUGUCGUGACACCUAUGAUCUUCCAGAUAGUACUACUACCAGACGAGGAGAAGAGACUAGAGCUUUAUGUACAUCCGAAUACUCUGACAUUUCCCCGCUUACCGGUGGAAAUGUCGCAUUUUCAACGCUAGAAGGCAGACCAUCGGCAUACAGUUUUGAUACAAGUCCAGAAUUGCAUGAAUGGGUAACUGCAACCGACUUGCUCAUUUCCUUGGAUCGUUUGAAUACCUUCGGUGACGAAGUGUUUGGUGAUCAGCAGGUAUUGCGUUCGUAUUUUUACGCGAUCGCGGACGUUGCGGUAGGUGCGCGUUGCAAGUGCAACGGUCAUGCUUCCCAGUGCGUCACGGCGUCCGGCGUCGACGGCAGCACGCGUCGCGUUUGUCGUUGCGAACACAACACCGCCGGACCUGACUGUAACGAAUGUCUCCCCUUUUACAACGACGUCCCAUGGAGACGAGCUUCCGCAAAAAAUGCACACGAAUGUAAAGCAUGUAACUGUAAUGGUUUCUCGACCCGAUGCUUCUUCGAUAAGGAACUGUAUGAAAGUACAGGCCACGGGGGCCAUUGCCUCGACUGUGCUGCCAACAGAGACGGUCCCCAUUGCGAAAGAUGCCGAGAAAAUUAUUUCACGCGUGAAGACGGAUACUGCAUAGCUUGCGAUUGUGACCCUAUAGGAUCUCGAAAUUUACAAUGUAAUUCACAAGGACGUUGCCAAUGUAAACCGGGAGUAACUGGAGACAAAUGUAACAGAUGUGAUGUUAAUUAUUUCGAAUUCGGAACUCACGGAUGUAAACAUUGCGGAUGUUCCGAGGAGGGUUCCUUGAGUAACACCCCUGACUGUGACCCAAUAAGUGGUGCAUGUCGUUGUAAAGAAAACGUAGAAGGAAAGCGAUGUCGAGAAUGCAAACCGGGAUAUUUCAACUUGGAUCUCGAAAACGAAUUUGGAUGCACUCCUUGUUUCUGCUAUGGUCACUCUUCAGAAUGUGCCCCAGCGCCUGGAUAUUCGCGAUACCAAAUUGAAUCGAUAUUUUCAAAGAGUACAGAGAAAUGGAGAGCGGAAGAUGAAAAAGGAAGACCAAUUGAAAUUCAUUACGAUGGACUGACUCAAAGAAUUGGAGUUUCUGCACCUCCAGACGACGCAGUAUACUUCCUCGCACCUGAACGGUUCCUAGGAAACCAGAAAGCUUCGUACAACCAGCUGCUCCAAUUCACCCUAAGCAUUGGAGAAAAUAGACCGGUCCCAACGGCCACCGAUAUUAUUCUGGAAGGAGCUGGUUCAUACGUCACGAACACCAUUUUUGCACAAAGAAAUCCAAUACCGGCAGUUCAGAAGCAGCAUUACAAGUUCCGUCUUCACGAACAUCCAAACUACGGUUGGCAGCCGCGAUUGUCUGCUCGAAACUUUAUGUCAGUUUUGUCCAAUUUGACGGCCAUUAGGAUUAAGGGAACGUACACCAGUGGAGGCGUCGGUUUCUUGGACGAUGUAAAAUUGGAGACUGCUUCGCGAGGAGUCGCUGGAAGACCUGCAUUGUGGGUGGAGAUGUGUCAGUGCCCAGAUGGUUACGUUGGACAAUUUUGUGAAUCUUGCGCUCCGGGUUAUCGCCAUUCUCCGUCCCAUGGAGGACCAUUCAGUCCAUGUAUCCCUUGUGACUGCAACAAGCACGCUGAUAUAUGUGAUUCAGAAACAGGACUUUGCAUAUGCCAACAUAACACUGCUGGUGACAAUUGCGAUCGCUGUGCGAGGGGCUACUAUGGAAACGCUCUUACAGGAACUCCGUACGAUUGCCAACCAUGUGGUUGUCCAGAAGGAGGGGCUUGCAUCCAAUUGACCGAAGACAUCAUCAUGUGUAUCGAAUGUCCUACAGGCUACACUGGUCAUCGAUGUGACUCUUGUUCCGAUGGAUAUUUCGGGGAUCCUACAGGCCGUUAUGGACCUGCACAACCAUGCCAACCGUGUGAAUGUAAUCUAAAUAUCGACACGAACGCAGUCGGUAAUUGUAAUACCACAACGGGAGAGUGUUUAAAAUGUAUCCACAAUACAGGUGGUACUCAUUGUGACCAAUGUCUGCCAGGAUACCAUGGAGAUGCAUUAGCUUUGCCCAAAGGUGACUGUGAACCUUGCCAGUGUUACUCCGCGGGUACCGAAGAACGUCCCGAUGGCAUUAGCGAAUGCGACCAAAUUUCUGGCGAAUGUCGUUGCAAAUCCCACGUGAAAGGACGCAACUGUGACCAAUGCGAAGACGGUUACUAUAACAUCGUCAGCGGCGAAGGUUGCCAGCAGUGCAACUGCAAUCCUAUAGGAUCCCUUAAUCAUACCUGCGACUUGUACACGGGACAGUGUCAUUGCAGGGAAGGAAUCACAGGUUUACGUUGUGAUCGUUGUGAAGACUACAAGUAUGGCUUUUCUUCAGAAGGAUGUAAAGCAUGCGAAUGUGAUCUGAUAGGUUCAAGAGGCCCACAAUGUGAUAUGUUCGGUCAGUGUCCUUGUUUGGAUAAUGUCGAAGGACGUAAAUGCGAUCGUUGUAAAGAGAACAAAUACGACCGUAAAAGGGGUUGCGUGGACUGUCCCGACUGUUACAACUUGGUCCAGAACGCGUCCAGAAACCAUUUAGCCAAACUGGCCCGUCUCGCCGAAAUACUUGAUGAAAUAGAACGGAACCCAACUGUUAUCAACGACGAUCUCUUCGAAAAACAACUGAGGGCUAUUCAGGACGAAAUAGAAGACUUACUGGAUCAAGCAAGAACAGGUACAGGAGGCGACGAAGAAAAUUUAACCGAGAAGUUGAAUAACAUUGAAGAGAGGCAAAAGGCUAUAUCCAGAACUUUGUCAGAAAUUAAAGAAAACACCCAAUUAGCACUUGACAUGGGUGAAAUUGCAAAGAGCAACGUUUCAUACACAGAAGAUUCCAUCAGCUUAGCAAAGAAAGAUUUGGAAGAAGCUUCGGAUAUAUUGCAAACUCAGGGUAAAAAUGCUUUAGAGAAUGCCCAAAAACGAGCAAGAGAAUUCGGUCAACAGUCUGACAAGAUGACCAGCAUUGCCCAAGAAGCUCGGAAGACAGCGGACGAUCUCGACGAGUAUGCUGAAGUUAUUGUAAAAACUGCUGCCGACGCGAAAAACAAAUCAAUUGAGGCAUACGAUCUUGCCAAAAACGCAACAGAUUUACAACGCAAUAUAAACCAAGACGUCAAAAGAUUAAGGAACGACGUCGAUGAAACAGAAGCAAGACUAAAUCGUAUUAAAAAUUGGACGGAAGAUACUCAAAAUAAAGCCAUCGAGGCCAAAAAAGACGCUCUUUCAUUAUUAAACGUAGUGUAUAAUUACGUGAUACCAGCAAUAGAUAUUCCCGCACUUAAAUCGCAAGCUGAAGACGUAAAGAAAGAGGCUGAAAGACUGUCGAAUGAAACAGAAAAACUCCAACAACAAAACGACGAUCUUCUGAACGACAUAAACGAGCAGGUUAUAUUUGCUGAAGAUUUAUUGCAAAAGGGAAUCGAACAGCAAGAUACAACAAACGAUUUGCUAAGCGAAAUUGAUUUAGCAAAAGCUCAAGCAGAAAGCGCUGUUACUCUUGGCGAUGAAACUCUUAAGGAAGCUACAGCCACGUACGAAACAUUAAGUCAUUUCGACAAGCAGGUAAAAGAGAGUAAGGCAGCAGCGAAACAGGCCAUUCAACAAAUUCCGGAAAUACAGCAGUUGAUAGACGAAGCGUCUGAUAAAGCAAACGAGGCUGAAAAUUCUCUAAAGGAUGCGAAAUUCAAUGCAGACAAUGCCUUGAGAACGGUCACCCAGGCGGACAGUUUAGCAAAGGCCGCUUCUGAGAAAGCACAGCAAAUCAAGGCUGAAGCUGAACAAUUGUAUCAAAACGCCACUGGAUUUAAACAGGAAGCAAAUUUAAUGGCUGAUCGUGUGGAUAAUACGGACAUGGAAUAUCAAGAACUUUACAAACAAACACGAAGUAACGAAUCAUUGAUCGGCGAAGCCAAAGAUAAGGUGGGCAGAGCUGGAAAGGAUUCUCAGGAAGCCGCCAAGAAGGUGAACGACAUCCUGAAGGACGUGGAGGACAUAAUGCGAGAAUUGGAGAAUCUCCCGCAACUAGAUGAUUCCGACUUGCAGAGACUCGAAGAAGAAUUAAUUAAAGCCGAGCAGAGAGUCCAGGAAGCGAAUUUAGACAAAAUUUUAGAAGAUCUAAGGGUGGAGCAUAAAAAGCAAAACGCCCUUGUAGACGCCUACAAGGACGAAAUUGAGCGGCUCCGCAAGGAAGUCGAAAACGUGAGGGAAAUUUCAGAAGCACUUCCUGACAAAUGUUUCAAAAGAGUAGAACUUGAACCAUAAAUGUUGUUGGUACAGACGUUUUGGAACAAUUUUUUAUUUGUUAAUUUGUUGUGGCUCUCUUUCUCUCCUCUCUUUUUACAUUUUAGUAAUUUUCAACUUAAAAAGGAACCUUUUUAGUUUCAUUAAUUAGAUGGUAAAUUAUGUAUGUACAAAUGUUGUUAGCUGGUAAUUAAAAUUUGAUUAAUGUUUGUAUAUAUAUUAAAAUAAGAUACCAAAGAUUUAUUGCUCGAUUUUCUACUACUAUUAUGUAUUACUGAUUAUGUGCCACUUAGUACGUAUACUGCCAAGAAGUCGUGGACGACGUUUGAAUUUCUACUAUUAUAACUGUAGCUUGUAAUUUUUAAUCAACAUUUAAUAAAAAAAAUAAUGACUUAA